AUGCCCGCCCGUACCGAUUCGCCUCUCCAAGUCGCCAUCAUCGGUGCUGGACUUGGUGGUCUUGCAGCUGCAGUCUCUUUGCGUCGGCAAGGCCACUCCGUCACAGUCUAUGAAAGAUAUGAUUUCGCUGGUGAGGUCGGUGCAUCGCUGAGUGCGGCGUCGAAUGGCUCUCGUUUCUUAGAAGAAUGGGGGGUGGACGUUGAAGGAGCAAAGCCGGUCAUCCUCAAACAACUCAUCAUGCACAACUGGUCCAAUGGUGAAGUGCAAAGCACAUACCCACUGGGUGAUUACAAGUCGAAGUUUGGCACUGACUACAACAACUUUCAUCGCAUCGAUAUUCACAAACAGUUGCUAAAGUCUGCUUUCGAAGAAGCUGGAGCGGGGCCAAAAUGCGAGUUAAAGGUCAACUUCAAAGCGAUCGACGUGGACCCGGAUAAUGGAACGAUCAAGUUUGAGAAUGGCGAAGAGAGUACUGCAGAUAUCAUUGUGGCAGCAGACGGGAUUCGGUCUCUCACUCGGAACAUGAUUGGUAUUACCCCAGAGUUCGAGAUGUCUAGCUCCUGCUGCUAUAGGUGUAUCAUCGGAUCCGACAAGCUUCGCUCAUUGGGACUUGACGACUACAUUUCCAACGAAGCUAUCGAGUUCUGGGGUGGAUUCGGUAUCAACAAGAUAGUCAUGUCUCCUUGCAGCAAUGGGGAUGUUGUGAGCUGUUACUGCUUCUAUCCAGCGUCGCAUAACAAUGUCCGAGACGAUGGUUGGAGCAUCGCUGCUUCACCUCAACAACUGGUGGACACAUUCCCAGACCUGGAUCCAAGGAUGAAGACCUUGAUGCUCAAUGCAGAGGAUAUCAAGAUGUGGAGAUUAUACAAGCACCAGCCAUAUCCAUACUGGGUCAAAGGCAAGGUUUGCCUUCUAGGAGACGCAGGUAAGUGCCUUCGAAACCCAUCGCCCCAGUCUACCACGCUCGCUGACCUACGCACAGCGCACCCUAUGAUGCCCGAUCAAUCCCAAGGCUCCUGUAUGGCCUUUGAAGAUGCUGGGGCUCUCGGCCUUGUUUUCAACACAUCUUUCCGUGAGAAUUACAGUGCAGUGGAGGGCCUUCGGAUCUACGAAAAACUGCGCAGGGAAAGAGCUACACGGGUUCAAGAAGCCAGUUUCAGAGCUCGUGAGAAUCUGAAUGAGCGUAUUGGCUGGAGUUCAUCUACCGAUCGCCCAGGAAAGUUGACGAUCGAGGAAGUCUGUGGCUACAACAUGAGAGACCAUCUAGCUAAGCUGAUUGCUGAUAGGACAGCCUGA